UCAAAAGCAGGCAUACCCAUGAAGGCAACACUAAGAUACUUAGCAGGAAUUGCAGGCCCCAGUGGUUUUGGCUCAAAUUCAACAGCUGAGCAAGUUACUCAACAUUGUUCUUCUUCCCUUCCUUCCGAUCUAACCGCUCUGAUCACUGGGGCGAGUUCUGGUAUUGGAGCUGAAACAGCUAGAGUGUUAGCAAAGAGAGGAGUGAGAGUUGUGAUUGCUGCGAGGGACUUGAAGAAAGCCGGGGAAGUGAGAGAGAAUAUACAAAAGGAGAGUCCAAACGCUGAAGUUAUUCUGUUGGAAAUUGAUCUAAGCUCUUUUGGUUCUAUACAGAGAUUUUGCUCUGAGUUUUUAGCCUUAGAACUCCCCCUUAAUAUUCUCAUAAACAAUGCUGGGAUAUUUUCUCCAAACUUGGAGUUCUCUGAAGAAAAAAUUGAGAUGACAUUUGCUACAAAUUACUUGGGUCAUUUUCUGUUAACAGAAAUUUUAUUAGAGAAAAUGAUAGAAACGGCAGAGAAGACAGGUUAUCAAGGAAGAAUAAUAAACGUAUCUUCUGUCAUCCAUAGCUGGGUGAAGAGAGAUGGUUUUUGUUUCAACGACAUACUCAGUGGAAAAAAAUAUAAUGGCACGCGCGCUUAUGCUCAGUCAAAAUUAGCCAAUAUUUUGCAUGCCAAGGAAAUAGCUAGACGACUCCAGGCAAGGAAUGCCAGAGUCACUAUCAAUGCAGUACAUCCAGGCAUUGUAAAAACAGGAAUUAUUAGAGCUCAUAAGGGCUUAUUAACGGAUUCCCUAUUCUUCAUCGCAUCAAAGUUACUCAAAUCGACGUCACAGGGUGCAUCAACUACGUGUUAUGUUGCUCUGAGCCCAGAAACAGAAGGGAUAAAUGGGAAAUACUUUACAGAUUGUAAUGAGAGUAACUGCUCCAGCCUAGCGAAGGACGAAUCGGAAGCACAAAAGCUAUGGAAUAACACCCAUGCCUUGCUUCACAAACGACUACGUCAAGCAACAAUUUGAAGUAUUUCUUCCCCUUUU